CCAGCUGGCCGCAGCUGCACCGCCGCUGUCCGCGCGCACCUCUCCAUCCGGCCAGGACGCGCUCAACGCUCCCCGGUCACAGCCGCUGCCCAGGGGCUCGAAGCCGCCGAUUGGAAGAGCCGGGCCGAGGCGACGCGCACUUCAUCAACUUGUUCCACGUUUAUUUUUGGCGUACAAAAAAAAGCACCCGCACCCCUCCUCCGUGUCCCCCGCAUCAUCCGCCAAAAUUCCCCCCCAGGGUGGCUCCGCGGGUUUCAGGUUGUCCCGGAGGUGGUCGGUCUUCUUGGUGACCGCCGUCGCGAUGGUUCUGCUGGCUCUGGCCGUCGCCGUCCCGCUGCUUCUGCUGCGCGCACCCCCCGAGACCUCCGCGCACUACUACGAGAUGAUGGGCACCUGUCGGAUGGUCUGCGACCCGUACACCCCCAAACCGGGCGGCGCCAGCGCCGUAGAGGUGAUCCAGAACGUCAACGGCGUCGCUCCGCAGCCGCCCAUGGCGCAGGGGAGUCGCGGGGAGCCGGGGCGACCGGGCAAACCCGGAUCCAGGGGCCCGCCGGGAGAGCCGGGACCCCCGGGUCCAAGGGGACCACCGGGGCUGCGCGGCGACGGCAGACUCGCCCUCCCCGCGGUGACUGGGUCGGCCGGUCCCGAGAACGGAGAGACGGAGGGCACGAACUCCUCCGCCAACGGAUACCGGAUCGCGUUUUACGUCGGCCUGAAGAACCCGCACGAGGGGUACGAGGUGCUGAAGUUCGACGACGUGAUCACAAACUUGGGGAAACACUACGACGCGAGCACCGGGAAGUUCACCUGCCACAUGUCCGGGAUCUACUUCUUCACCUACCACGUGUUGAUGCGCGGAGGGGACGGGACCAGCAUGUGGGCCGACUUGUGCAAAAACGGACAGGUGCGAGCCAGCGCCAUCGCCCAGGACGCCGACCAGAACUACGACUACGCCAGCAACAGCGCCGUGCUGCACCUGGACUCCGGGGACGAGGUCUACGUCAAGCUGGACGGCGGCAAGGCCCACGGCGGCAACAACAACAAGUACAGCACCUUCUCCGGCUUCAUCCUGUACCCCGACUAGACGCGGAGCGAACCGAGAAACUGUUCACAUCCAAACGCCCCAACAUGUUUUGUCCCGGUUUGAAGACACACACACACACACGGCUCGUUGUCCGCAUUCCGUUUGUUCCCUUCGUUUAGCGAGAGGCCCUUUUUUCGUUCCAUCCGACCCGAGUAUUCGACUCCUCUGCCGUCACCAGAGUACGUAUCUCACUGCCGCAGACCCACGGCAAAACGCCCCAAACGCGCCCAGAGCCGAGGACGCGUCAUUCUUAAGUUUCUUUGACACAUUUAGAAAAUACUGAAAGGGAGAAACUGAGCGUAGCCCCCGGAGCCGGCUGCGUAUUAAUGGCGCCGAGUAUUUCAGGCUCGAAUGGCAGCAGAGAGAAGGGCGGGAAAAAUAACACAAAAAUCAGGAUGCCCGAAGCCAACGUCCGAGAGGGAGAGACCCUCCGCCGGCGAGCUUUAGGGACGUAAGGCCACAGCGGUAUUUUAACACCAGGACAUUCUAUGUGUUCUUCUGCAUGCUCACAUUUCAAAUUAGUUGAUCUUGGCCCCACAGAUCCGCACCACAGAGAAAAUUGUUGUUUCCCGGUGGUCACAAGGGCGGAAGCCAUUUAAUUAAACAGUGAAUCAUUAGCGACUUAGCUAACAAGCUUGUCUUUUGAAUGAAGGACCGGGACCUCCUCUUCGACCCCAGGGGACUAUGACACAAAACUACUGUGGCUGUCGACCGCUAGCAUGACCUCAUGCGGCUAGCCUAUUAGCUGUUAGCUUUCCAGCCCCGGUCGUUCACGACGUCGUCAAUUUUCCACAACCAAAUAUAACGGUCUUCAUAUAAAUAAUUAAAUAAAAAUAUGUGAAUAAUUGUCAUUUUCUUUUUUUACUCAUGUAUUUAUUAUCCGCCCCGAAAGUAAGUGCAUCGUCGGCAUACAUGGCAAAAUGGAGCAACAGCUUAAACUGGAGCACUGUAGGCCUACAACCGGAUGAGCCCGAGCAGUUAGAGAAGAUGCGAUCGGCCCGAAACGGUCCUACGAGGUCGGUGGGACGCGAUCCAAAACGCGCCAGACGUGUCGUGUUUGGUGUUUCACUAAACAACCCAGUAACCACACGAAUGGAUGUCUCAUCGCAUCGAUAUCGAACCGGCUACAAUUGAGUUGUCAUGU